AUGUCUCAAUCGGCACCGUCUCUUGUAACAUUGGACCCCUGCGCCAAUGACUUCCUUGCUGGGGUUAAUGCCACCGCUGCUGGAUCAGGCGAAGAUGACACCUUUAACUCCUUCAUGAAAUUGUCCUCGUUCCCGCCAAGGCAAUCCAAUGGUUGCUACCCAUCGGUGUCUGAUGAAAAACCAUCAACACAGGCUGACUUGACACCAAAGCCCAAUUUCCCUCCAGAGACCGACACGCUGGGGAUGGAAGAACAGGUGGUUGAAAACAAUCACUGUGUCCCAAUGCCUUCCACUGCCACGAAGCUGGAGGAAUAUGCUGUGCCAUCGAAUGAUAGCAAGUCAGGGCCCACAAAAAGCGAGAUGAAAGAAGACAAGGAGACGGCGACCUCAGGAGAGGCAGCGGGAGAGGAGAACGAACAGGAAAAGACGACUGAAAUAAAGGCCGAUUUGAACACCCUGCUGCACCGGAUCCGACCUUUCAAACUACAUACGAUAAAAGACACCACCAAGUCGCUCGAGGCUCGCUAUCAGGUUAUCCAUGAGUGGAUGCAGGCAGGAGGUGUCCUCCUCCUCGGUUACGAGAUGUUCCGCCUACUGACAAAUCCCCGAAAGCCACCCUCAACUGCGGUGAGCAGCACCUCAGAGGAUCGUUCGCGAGGCAGUCGGAAGAAGCGGAAGCCCAUCACAAUUGACCUUGACCAGGAGGAAAAGCGUUCAAAAAUGUGGUUCGACAUGCGCUCAGCCCUUGUUGAUCCCGGUCCACAAAUUGUGAUUUGCGAUGAAGGUCAUCGUAUCAAAAACAGCGAGGCGUGCAUUUCGAAGGCUUUGAAAGCCAUUCAAACUCGUCGCCGCGUCGUCCUUACUGGCUACCCCCUGCAAAACAAUCUAAUGGAGUAUUGGUGCAUGGUAGACUUUGUUCGACCCAACUACCUUGGCACUAAGCAGGAGUUCACCAACAUGUUCCAGCGCCCAAUUGAAAACGGUCAGUGCGUGGACAGUACUGCAGAGGACAGGAAGGUGAUGCAGGGUCGCGCUCACGUUCUGCACGACCUGCUUUCGGGCUUCGUUCAGCGCCGAUCGCACGCCGUCCUGAAGGCCAGUCUUCCGCCCAAGACAGAAGUUGUCCUGCUGGUCAAGAUGUCGCCCCUGCAGCGCCGGCUCUACUCCACCUUAAUGAACCUUAUUGGCGUCGGCGGACCGUAUAACUUCACCCAGGCGAAUACGCUUCGCACUUAUGCUCUUUGUUGCAAGGUA